AUGCUUGCCGCACAUGGAGAUCACAUGGAGCAGGCGGAUGUGGUGCUGGGCUGCGACGGCGUGGCUUCUGCCGUGCGCGCGGCGCUGCAGAAGCAGGGGGCGCAGGCGCAGCAGACUCGAUACAAGGACCGGCGGCCCAUUGUUUACCGAGUCAUGGCCAUCCCCACGGGCAAGGAGGACCGUACGGACCUCAACUACAGCGCUCGCAACGACAACGUCAUUGUGGAGGCGUUGCCCAAUGCGGAGGGGGACCUCCUGGGGGUGGUGCUGUUUCGACCCACGGACCAACGCAUCCAAGGCUUGAAGUCAGGAGCAGAAGCCAAAAAGGUCUUCCAAGAGCUCUUCCCCGAUUGGCCAACGCCUCUCAUCCCGGACUCUGAGUGGGGGAACUUUGCAAGCCGCAAAACCCGGGAGCUGCCGCAGUUCGCGUUCGCCGGGCCUGAGCUGAACCUAGGUGGAAAGUGCUGCCUGCUGGGGGAUGCCAUCCACUCUGUGAAGCCCUUCUUCGGCCUUGGCUUGAACAGCGGCUUUGAAGACAUUGCGGUUUUGGACCAGUGCCUCGAGGAGAGCGGCGACGACUUCGCCGUGGCGCUGCCGCUCUACUCCAGGCGGCGGGCGCCGCAAGCGAAGUGCCUGGUGCUUUGCCAGCGGCGCUUCGACCAGGCGACCGACUUGAAGUUCGCGCUGGCCUUCGUGCUUCCGCUGGUGUUGGACGGCGUCUUCCGGAAGCUCCUGCCGCGGGUCUUCGCGCCGGGGCUGCUGGCGCUCUUCCAGGACGGGGAGCUCUCCUUCACGGAGGCGCGGCGCCGGAAGCUCCGGGAUCGCGUGCUGCAGGCCCUGAUCCUCUCCGUGGCGUUUCUGGCCGCGGGGGCCGUCAGCUUCUUCCUGGCGCGCGGCGUGCUGCGGGGCCUCUGGCGCCUGGCGAGGCGGCCGCUGCACGCGUGGCUGCACCACGAGCUGCUGUGA